AGAAGUGAGAGUAUAAGCUCUUUGUUCACGCUUGCUCUCUCUCCUCUUUCUUCUCUCCUAACUCUUUUUGAAAAAACAGAACCACACACACACACACACAAAUAUCGGGCGCGCGAGUGGAGAAAAAAACGCGCCACCGCUAUGGGCUGCACGGCCUCCAAGCUCGACAAUGAAGACACUGUGAGACAGUGCAAGGACCGGCGCCGCCUCAUGAAGGAAGCAGUUUAUGCUCGCCACCACCUUGCGGCCGCUCAUUCCGACUACCUCCGCUCUCUCCGUCUCACUGGCUCCGCUCUUUCCGAUUUCUCCGCCGGAGAACCUCUCUCCGUCUCCGACCAAACCCCAGCUGUUCUCCUCCGAAAUCCUUCUUCAGUGUCGUUCCGUUCAACAGAGCCACCACCACCUCCACCACCACGACCACUGACUCCGUCUCCAGCACCUCCUCCACCCCCUCCAGCCUUCUCUCCUUCUCCAGCUCCAUCUCCUACUAUCAGAAGCUCAAAGCUUCCACAUAUCCUUUCUGAAUUAAGCCCCUCCUCCACUCCCCGCCAACCAUCCGCCGCAAAAUAUAAUUACCCGUUCAAUUUCCCGACCAACUCCACGUACUCUAGCACGCCUUCUCAGACCUCAUCCGUUUGGAACUGGGAGAACUUCUACCCUCCCUCACCUCCCGGUUCUGACUUCUAUCGGCGACCAAAAGACGAAGACGCCCACCACUCCGACCAGAACAAUCACCAUUUGGAGGACGACGACGACGACGCCGACGAAGAAAAAGACGAAGGGACCGAGAGAGAAGAAGUCCAUUGCAGCGAAUGGGGCGACCACUACAGUACCACGAGCUCCGAUUCCAAAUCGUACAAUGAGGAGGACGAUAGAGACCGAGACUCGACAUCAGAGAUCGGUUCUAGAUCGAAAUUUGGAUCUUCAGUUUACACUGAGACCACGGCGAAGCCGAAUUAUACACCAAUGGGGAAAUCGGAAAAAUUUGAUGAUGCCGGAUCGUCCGUCAGUUGGAAUGCCGGCGGCGCUAACGAGGUAUCAGACAUGAAAAUGGUAGUUAGGCAUCGAGAUCUGGCGGAGAUCGUGGCAGCGAUCAGAGAGUACUUCGAUAAGGCCGCUGCAGCUGGUGAUUUGGUGUCGGAGUUCCUCGAGACCGGGCGAGCUCAGCUCGAUCGAAGUUUCAGACAAUUGAAGAAAACUGUGUAUCAUUCAAAUAGCAUUUUGAGUAACCUGAGUUCGACUUGGACUUCGAAGCCGCCGUUAGCGGUAAAGUACCGGCUAGAAGCUGGUUCGCUCAAUGAACCGGGCGGUUCGAAGAGUCAUUGCUCAACCUUGGAACGGCUUCUCGCCUGGGAGAAGAAGCUCUACGAGGAAGUUAAGGCUAGAGAGGGAGUGAAGAUCAAACAUGAAAAGAAGUUAGCAUCACUACAGAGUCAGGAGUACAGGGGGGAGGAGGAAGUAAAGUUGAAUGAGACCAAGGCAGCUAUACAGAAGCUGCAUUCGCUAAUUGAGGUCACAUCUCAAGCUGUCACUACCACCUCUUCUGCCAUCAUUCAUCUAAGAGACAGUGAACUCUCCCCACAGCUUGUUGAGCUUUGUCACGGGUUCAUGUACAUGUGGAGAGCAAUGAGCCAGUUCCAUGAGGUUCAGAAUCACAUUGUGCAACAAGUUCAGGGCCUUGUGAACCGAUCUGCCAAGGGGGAGUCAACCUCUGAACUCCACCGACAGGCAACCCGCUACCUUGAAUCAGCCGUUUCUGCCUGGCACUCCAGCUUCUGCCGCGUAAUAAAAUACCAGAGGGACUAUACCAGGUCCCUCCAUGGUUGGCUCAAGCUUACUCUUCUCCACGUUGGCAAUGACAACACCAAUGGUAGCAAAGAACCAGCCCUUGCUGUCCAAGCCUCCUCUGACCUCUUUACCUUCUGUGACGAGUGGAAGCUGGCCGUUGAUCGGCUUCCUGACACUGUAGCUUCUGAGGCCAUCAAAAGCUUUGUUAACGUUGUCCAUGUCAUAUCUGUGAAGCAGGCUGAGGAGAUCAAGAUCAAGAAGCGGAUGGAGGGUGCCUCCAAGGAGCUUGAGAAGAAGUCUUCGGCACUCCGCAGCAUUGAGAGGAAAUACUACCAGUCAUAUUCAAUGGUUGGCAUAGGUCCUCCUGAUAGUGGACCUAAUGGUGGACAUGUUUUAGAUACACGGGACCCCCUUGCUGAGAAGAAGUCUGAACUAGCAGUUUGCCAGAGGCGGGUGGAGGAUGAGAUGUUGAAGUAUGCCAAAGCCAUUGAGGUAACAAGGGCAAUGACACUGAAUAACAUACAAACAGGUUUGCCUGGGGUUUUUCAGGCAAUGACUGGGUUCUCAGCCAAGUUCGCAGAGGCUCUUGAGGGGGUAUGCAACCGUUCCUAUGCAAUUAAAUAAAUAAUUUGAUUUUUUGGGGGAGUAAAUUAGGAUUAUCAAGGCUGGGAUAUUUUUUUUUUAAAAAUAUAGGGAGGCCGUUUGUUUCAUUUCCUCCUUUUUCAUUGUGUAGAUAUAUUGGAAUUUUGUCAUUUUAUCAUCUUCUUGGAAGUGGGAGGGAGAUGUCUCUGUAGUCUGUACAGGAAAUUGCUCAGAUUGUUGUAAGAGAAGUUGGCUUCUUUAUCAGGUUAAUAAAAGGAAAUUUCUUUUAUCUCU